AUGCUCGCGGCACCCCCAUUCAACUUCCUAGAGACUCUAGACAAGGUCGACGAUGCCAUCGACUGCAAUGCGGAGCUCGCCCGCGUCAUCGUCAAGUUCGGGCUGCAGUCCUUCCGCAUGAUUGCCACGCCCGACGGCGAGCAUCCCGCCAUGCCGGACGAGUGGGCUGGCAUCGCCAAACACGCAGACAUCGACAAAGCGAGGAGCACCAUACGGCAGUUCUAUCGCGACUGGUCGGCCGAGGGCGCUGUGGAGCGAGAUGCGUGCUACGGGCCGGUGAUGCGAGCCCUCGAGAUCGAGAAGGCAAAUCACCAGGGUGAUGAGCAGCUAAAGGUGCUCGUUCCGGGAGCUGGUCUCGGAAGGCUCGUUUUUGACCUAUGUCUCAACGGCUUUGAGACCGAGGGCAAUGAGAUAUCAUACCACCAGCUCCUCGCGUCCUCGUACAUUCUGAACUGUGUCGGGCGUGCCGGCCAACACACAAUCUACCCCUGGGUUCACUCCUUUUCAAAUCACAAGAACAGAGCAAACCACUUGCGGAGCUACCAAGUACCAGACAUCCAUCCGGCCACCACUCUGGGGUCUGCCACAAGGGUAGGCUCCAUGUCCAUGUGUGCGGCAGACUUUCUCUGUCUGUACAGCGACGAGAGCCACCAAGAGACUUACGACGCCGUCGCUACCGUCUUUUUUCUCGACACAGCACCAAACCUCGUAAGAUACCUCAACACCAUAUACCACUGCCUGAAACCUGGUGGCGUGCUCAUCAACGUCGGACCAUUGUUGUGGCAUUUCGAGAAUAACGCUCCUGGAAACCACGGCCAUGACGAUGAUGGCGAUGGCGCACAUGACCCGAACAAUAGUUCCGGUAUUGCGGACCCGGGUAGUUUUGAGUUGACAGACGACGAAGUUAUGGCAUUGGUAGAGAAGGUCGGGUUCGUCGUAGAGAGCAGAGUGACGGGGAUAGAGGCGCCUUACAUACAAGAUGCCGAGUCCAUGCUACAGACCGUUUAUAGAGCAAGUUCAUGGGUGGCUCGGAAGCCACAACAAGGAUAG